AGGAAAAACAGCGAUUAUGGAUCAGUUGAAGACCAUAAUGACGCUCCUGCAAGAUCCUGGAAGGCCGGCAGCAGAUUCACAGCCACAGCCACACCCACAGCCACACCCACAACCGGAAGAGGAGCCUCGGACACUGGAAGAUGACUUCAUUCUCCCAAAUGAUUACCAACCGGAUGAUGAUGACAUGUUCUGUACACCUGAGAAGACGAAUAUCACCAGCAUCGGGGAUACUCAGGAUUCUGAGGUGCAGGUGUUAGAGACAGCUCCAGAAGUCAUGGAGAACCGGAGGAAGAGAAGGCGGCCUAGGUGGUUCGCUGAGUACACUGAAAUGAAGAAGAAGGCUAGGGCUACUUCUACACUCGUGAAUGCGGACCCACUUAGAGUGGUUGAUCGGAAGCUGCUCAAGACUUUUCACAAUUGGGUACUCGGCCAGAUUGGGAACAAUUACCCGAGAGAGUGCUUCACCGGUCGAUACCAUUCGUCUUGGUUCCUCGAACUGCAUACUCCGAAGUUUUGGCUUGGGAACGAUGUAAGUUUUUAAGACUUUUUUACUGCUUUUGCUUUUAAAGACUUUAUCUAACUCUUUUUUUAUUUAAUCUCUGACAUAUUUAAUUUUCAUGUUUUAGCAUUUGGAUGCGGCAUUCCAUUUGAUGAGGAGGCGGCAACACUUUUAUCCCGAGGCCUACCCAAAUAGAUGUGUCAUUAUGCCGUGUAUUUUCCCAGCAGGAGUUAUUGCUCGGUGGGAAGCUGCAGGUGAUGAGCAGGCUAACUAUCAGUGGGACGAGAGCAUAUUAGAUUUGAUUCGAGGGGAUGAAAGUCAAUUCUUGGCCAGUUGGAAGAACAAGGAGAGAAUAUAUAUGACCCUCUACUUCGAUGGAGCAAAGCAUUGGGUGGCACUAGAGGUAGAUCUGGAUCAUUGGUUGUUGAACAUAUUUGACUCGAGCCUCGGAUCGUUUUCUCCAAACGAAUUGAAGCGUCACCUCGCAAUGUGGGAAAAAUUACUACCAAAUUUGCUGCUGCAGGCUGGCCUAUUCGAGACUCAUGACAUGAUCCUAGUGCCUCAACUUACCGCCUCAGAGAGCCAGGUCAGAAAUUUCACUUCAAAAGUCAUGGAUCGGGCCGUUGUUCCACAGACAAAGACAAGCGGUAACUGCGGGAUGUACGUGAUAGAGCACAUCGAGCAUAGUAUGCUGGAGACUACGUUUGAUAAUGUGCACGAUGAGAAUAUGAAGAAAUUUAGAGAGCGGUGGUGUGUAGAUUUGUUUUACCAGAAUUUAGCAUGAACAAAUGUGUUUUUUAUUUGGUAUUUAUUAAGAUAACAAUGUAACUGGUUUUUUUUAUUGGUAUGUUUAUGUUUUUUUAA